GCUACCACCACCUAAGCAUUGCCCUUAUAAUCAUGGUGCUAAUCAGAAAGGAGGAUCGUCGUACUGUCUAUGAGCAUCUCUUCAAGGAGGGCGUCAUCGUUGUUGAGAAGAAGCCCACUUUGAAGCAUCAUCGUCAGAUGGAGGUUGCCAACCUUCAUGUCAUGAUGAUCAUGAAGUCCCUCUCUUCCAGAGAUCUCGUCGAUGAGAAGUUCAACUGGCAGUGGCACUACUAUACCCUCAAUGAUGAUGGCAUCGAGUAUCUUCGUCAAUACCUCCACCUUCCUGCCACCGCUUUCCCCGACACCAUGACCAAGCAGCGCCCUACCCGCGCCAUUGGUGGUGACGAUGAGGAGCGUAAGCCCCGUCGCGACUGGGGUGGCAACAAGUGGGGUCAGCAGCAGAAGCCUGUCGAGGCCUAAAAUAUCAUAACUCAAGGGCACUUAGGUUGAUGAUUAAGGCUUAGAGCGUCAACGCUACAAAUAUC